CCUUCCCCCCUCUCCUUCCCUACGGUACGGUAAUUUAUUCUUCAUAGUGUUUACUUUUUUCUUGUCCCUGUUUUUAAUGACGCAAGAUCUACGUUGCGCCUCAUUGGUCCUCUACGUGAAGGAGGGAAAACUGGGAGAAAAAUUCAAUGUUGCACGCCAAGAUUUACGUGUGAUUUUUCGUGAUUGAAUGAGGAUGGUAGGGUUAGGGGUUGGUCUGUCUUCAAGGGAUGGCUUGGCAGUUGUUCGGAGGCCCUUUUUUCUUUUUGAGCCUCCUCAGAGAUUGGGACCUAAAUUUCCUAUCCCUGUCAGCCUUAGUGAGAGCUUAAAACUAUCUGGACAAAGACCUUCGUCCGACCACACACACAACGACUGCCUUCAUCAUCGUCACUCAACCACCAACCAAACAAGAUAAGGCCGGUUUUUUCUUUUUUUUUCUUUCUCACUCCGCAUAACUGGAUAAUCGACGGACAUGGAUGAUUACGAUACUAUCUACGGUUCUGAUCGCGGACGUAUGUUAUCCUGACCUCUUUCUGCAACGCCGGGGUGGGUUAGUUAUUGUCCUGUCUGUGGCUAAUUUUGUGCGUUCAUACAGCUCAGAUUACCAUCAAGGAGGCAGACAGCAGGCAUGCGCAGAUAGUGCUUUCUAACUGCGAUCUUGCGUGCGUUUCCCUUUUUUCUUUUCUUCUUCUCUGUAUUCCCUUUUCUUUUGCUUCCGCCCGAUGCUAACCAACCGACCCGGAAGCUCGCAGUUUCGCAAAUGCCCUUCGCCGUAUUAUGCUCGCUGAGAUUCCCACUAUUGGUAGGUUUAUUGGACAAGUCGCUGCUUGUGUGGUCCUUCGUGUAUGUGGGGGCUAACGUUUGUGUGUUUCCUAAUGUAGCAAUUGACAUUGUGGAAAUUCAGACAAACACCUCCGUCAUUCCGGAUGAGUUCCUCUGCCAUAGACUUGGAAUGGUUCCGCUCGACUCGACAAACAUUGACGACAAGUUAAUCUACACGCGCGACUGCUUUUGCGAUCAGUACUGCGAGCGGUGCUCAGUUACUCUGUCGUUGCAUGCUAGGUGUACUGGCGAGGAUAAUGUUACGGUAUACGCGAGGGAUUUGGUCGUUGCGGAGGGAGCGCAGUUGGGCAGUCCUGUUAUCAAUGGUAUAUGCCCUGUUUGAGGGAAAUUGUCUGAAUCGAUGUGUGUGUCAGAGGAGGAAUGAGCUGGGGAGAUUGUGGGCUAAUUUUGGAUUGGUGCGAUUAGAUCCUGAGGGACAGGGAACCGUCGUUUGCAAGUUGCGCAAGGGGCAAGAGCUCCGGUUGAAGUGUAUUGCAAAGAAGGGAAUUGCGAAGGAACAUGCCAAGUGGGCUCCCACGGCGGCCGUUGGGUUCGAAUAUGAUCCUUGGAAUAAACUCAGGCAUAUCGAUUACUGGUAUGAGGAGGACGCAAAGGAUGAAUGGUAUGACGCCUCCAUUCCUCAAAAUUCACAAAGGCUUGCUCCGAUAAUCUUGGUUCAUGCUAACCUCCCGGGAAUUACACAGGCCCAAGUCCAAAUAUGCGGACUGGGAGGAGCCCCCCAUCGAGGGCGAACCUUUCAACUAUGACGCGGUUCCUUCCCGCUUUUACCUCGAUAUCGAGUCCGCUGGAUCCCUUCCGCCUGAUGAGAUCCUCCAACAGGGCAUAAAAUAUCUCCAGGAGAAACUCGCUGCCGUGAUCGAGACCUUCAGUAACAAGAAUGAGACUGGCGAUGGGUUUGGCGACGGCGUCAGGAGCCCCGGGCAGGAUUAUGCAAUGGGUGGAAUGGGCGGCGGUGGAGCCGGCUACGAGACUCCCUAUCAGGGUGGGCGGACACCAUUCGGGGGUGGUGGGUUCGGUGGCGCUACCGAGUAUGGGGGAUCGGCUAAUGGGUGGUCGUGAGUGCGCUGCUACGGCAGCGGUGGUGGGAUAGUUGGAGUGGGUCUCGCUGUUGAGCUUAACUUUCUCGCUAUAAAAGGUUGUUUUUUUCUUUUAUUUUUUUCUUCUUCACAUCUUUUUCCCGUAUCUUCUGCUUUUCAAAUUGUCGGUGUGCCACUUGUACAUUUGAAUGCCUUGUCGUGUACAGUAGAAUAGCCAUCCACCUACCUACGUUGUCUUCCGUAUUCAGGGACAGCAUACCAGAGCAUAAAAUCAUCAGGUUUGCAAUCAACAACUCGGUAUUAAGGGGCGGAUAUAUGAGUUAGAUGACUAAUCCGGGGGGGGGUAUCGCCGCCUGCCAUGAAUGCAUUCUUACCCAAUAUCUCAUUUCCACUUUCCUUCCUUCCAGCCCCGGAGCCAAGUACCGUAAGAACUUGAUUAAUUGGCACUCGUGCUACAGUAGGAAGUUGGACUUGCCUUUGCUGGCAUUGUCUGGUACUGUACAUUUCUGUCAUUAGCAGGCUCAGGCGGAUGAGGCCAAGCCAAGCCGAGCCGAGUCGAGUCAAGCCAAGCCAAGCCAAACCAGGUUAUUACAUUACCGGUACUCGAGUAUACACGCUCUGCAUCAGAGUCGAAACCGGGGCGGAUGGAAGAGCGAGCAAUCAAGUAAGUUAGAUUAGGCAAUCAAGCACGAGUACGAUACAGUACUCGUACAGUACCAGUACCGACACAGCACCGUAAGCAAUGCAAUGUGUUGUUGGAGCAAAGCCCGAAAGAACGCCAUUCCAUGGUAAACCCGUCCUGAAAUGCGAUGCAUGGGUCUUAUUGUUGAUACGAGCCUGCUUUUUGCACAUUCCUCAUAUAUAUAUAUAUAGAUACACGGAGGGGAGUUUUAAUGAAGGUGAAGUAUCAUGCGGGUAUGAUGAGUAUGAUGGGUACUUGUGAGCAUCAGAUUGGAUCGAGCUUGUUUAGGUUCUUCACUGGAGCGAGGGGAAUCUCCAUACCUUUUAUGAUAUACUUGUAUGGAUGAAGUCGGAGAGGGAGGGGGUGGAGGGUCCGGUCCGGUCCGGUGAAUGGGUAUCAUACUUGUGCUCAGUGCGGUGGUACGGUACUAGCUAAGCCCCCCCCCCCUCCCCCCUACCUUUCGAGAUGUCGAGAUGUAGAGGGUUAAAUCGGUUAGGACUUGUUGUGAUUUUAUUGGAUUUUAAGAGUGGUUUUUUUUCUUUUUCUUUUUUCGAAAGGUUGGGGAUGUUUCGUCUUUAUUGCGGUGUUAUAUCAUAGUCUUUGAAAUUUGCGUUGCGCCGUAAGAGAGGAGGAUAUUUCGAUAGGGUUUUAUGAAUAUCGGAAGAUCUUUUUAUGCAUACUACCGGUAUGUAAGAAAAUAGGGGUUUGGGUGGAAGGUGGAUAGGGGGGGGUUGGAUUAGUAUUGUAUCGAGCUGUGAUAGUAAUGUGAUGGAAGUGGCGGAGGAGGAGCUGUAAGAACUUAAAAUAUUAAAAUAAAAUAAAAAAAGAGUGAGAUUUCGGGAAAUGUUGUGUUUUCUAUUGUGGUUUGUUUUGGUUGUGGGUAUUGGAAUGACUGAACGAUUCGAGUUGAUGCAAGGUAAUAUAGGACGUGGAUAAUUGUAGAUGUGAAGAAAGUUCGUGUUAUGAAGAACUAGAGUGAUAGAAAAGACUGAGUUUUAUGAUCUAAUAUGGUUUUGGGAUGGUUUUUGCUUUAGGAUUUUGAAGGUGAACUAAAGAAUUUAGAAGUUUUGGGGGGAUAUGGGGGUCCUGAUAGGGAGAUGUUGUUGUUUGUUUCAACUUUUUUAAAUCAAGUUGUAGAUUGCUUUUGCCUUACUGCCAGAUUCUCUCUACUAUUUAAUGAUAUAUACUAUAGUCUAGGCCCUUAAUAUUUAUCUGUCUAAGAUUUGCCAGUAGGUAGUGAUUCCAGCACAUACCGGUACUAGUGGCCUUCACGUCACAGAACAUAGCUGCUCAAAUCCCCUCCGGUUCCUUAGAGGUACCACUACCACCUCUCAAAACCGCACCGGGUACCUAUAAUUUUGUUGGUCUAACUUGCUAAGCCUGUGCUGGUUUGGGCUGUGGUUUCUGUUGAGAUCUCCGAU